AUGGAGCGCCCGUCUAAACGGGCCAGGCUCUCUCCAGAUCUGACUAGAGGAAAUGAUGUUCUGCCAGACCGGGUCUCCACGCCCCUGGCAUCUUUGCACAGGCCCAUCACUCCACCCCUCCGGGCCCGCUCUCAACAACGAGCGGUCUCAAAUUCCGCAUGUUCUGAGCCGGGAAAUGACCAAGUCGGCUGUGAACUGAAUGGACCAACCGGGCCUAAAGCUAUGCAGCCAUCCCGUCGUCUCCUCUCCUCUCCAGUCCAGCUCACCCACAUUCGGGACUUUCCAGAGCAAUCUAAUGUCGACACGGUCAAACUGCGCGACAUACUCGGAGAUCCGAUGAUUCGCGAGUGCUGGCAGUUCAAUUACCUUUUUGAUGUGGACUUUCUGAUGUCCAAUUUCGACGAGGAUGUACGGGGCCUGGUGAAGGUCAAAGUGGUGCAUGGGUCUUGGGAGCGGGAGUCAGCGAAUCGAAUUCGGGUGGAAGAAGCGUGUUCGCGGUAUGCAAAUGUGGAACCCGUCAUCGCCUACAUGGCCGAGCGUUUUGGAACGCACCAUUCGAAGAUGAUGAUUCUUUUACGACAUGAUGAUCUAGCUCAGGUGGUGAUUCAUACGGCCAACAUGAUCCACGGAGACUGGACAAAUAUGACCCAGGCUGUAUGGCGGUCUCCAUUGCUUCCGUUGCAGAAGCCAGGUACCCCGGCGACGGCCUCCAUGAGGCCAGCGUUCGGCACUGGCGCACGGUUUAAAAGAGACCUGCUUUCGUACCUCAAAGAAUACGGACAGAAGAAAACGGGUUCGCUCGUACGGGAACUCAAUCGAUUUGAUUUCGACUUGGUUCGUGCGACGCUCAUUGCGAGUGCACCCUCCAAGCAGGUGGUCAGCAGUCUAGAUUCCGACGAGAGUACCUUAUGGGGCUGGCCAGCAUUGAAAGAUGCCCUGAGCCGUAUUCCAAGACACAGCAAAAUCCAAAAAGAAGCCGAGCUUCCUCCUAAACAACCUCACAUUGUUAUACAGAUUUCCUCAAUCGCCUCUCUCGGCCAGACAGAUAAAUGGCUCAAAGAAAUCUUCUUUAAAGCCCUCGCUCCAAGACCAACGACCCCACAACCCAAAUACUCCAUUAUAUUCCCGACGCCUGAUGAAAUCCGCCGCUCGCUUGAAGGGUACGGAUCCGGCGGCUCGAUUCACAUGAAAACGCAGAGCGCACCGCAGCAAAAGCAACUGCGAUACAUGCGCCCAUAUCUCUGCCACUGGGCUGGAGACGGUCCGUCUACGUCCAACUAUAUUGACUUGUCUGAAGGCAACCAGCUCAAGCGCGAGGCUGGUCGGGGCCGUGCAGCUCCUCAUAUCAAGACGUACAUCCGGUAUGCGGAUGCGGAUACGAUGGAAAGCAUCGACUGGGCGAUGGUCACGUCUGCAAAUCUGUCUACACAAGCCUGGGGUACAGCGGUAAAUCCGAAUGGCGAAGUGAAGAUUUCGAGCUGGGAGAUUGGAGUUGUUGUGUGGCCAGAGCUCUUUGUGGAUGAGAAGAGCACCGAAUCGAAGGAGGCGGGAUCGCCGGGUGCGCUUAUGGUACCCUGCUUCGGGCGCGAUCAGCCCGGUCCUUCUGGAUUGGCCAGCGUGGCUGAGAAUGAGGCUUCGACGGUGGUGGGCUUCCGCAUGCCCUAUGACCUCCCACUGACGCCUUACAGCGCCUCAGAUGAACCAUGGUGCGCAACAGCAUCGAAUCUCACUCCGGACUGGCGUGGACAAAGCUGGAUCAACUGA